AUGCGGGAGCGGGAACUGCAGCGUGUGGGCAGGAGAUUGCUGCUGUUGGGCAUCUGUCUGCUGUCUCUCUGGGGUCAGCUGAGUCUGGCCUCAACACAUCGCAGCCAUAUUGUGCACGUCAAAGCGGGAACCUGUGAGGUCAUUGCAGCCCACCGCUGCUGUAACAAGAACAAAAUCGAGGAGCGCUCCCAAACUGUCAAGUGUUCUUGCUUCCCUGGGCAAGUUGCUGGGACAACAAGAGCGGCUCCUUCCUGUGUGGACGCUUCUAUAGUAGCACAGAAGUGGUGGUGUCAGAUGCAGCCGUGUAUGGAGGGCGAAGAGUGUAAGGUGUUGCCGGAUCUAAAAGGUUGGAGCUGCAGCACGGGAAACAAAGUCAAGACGACCAAGGUCACACGAUAGUCUGGGACCAAUAAACAUUUGGGACUAGCAGUUUUUUUUUAUCAAAGCAAUGGACAUAGACUUCAAACUACUUCACAACUAUUGGGAUCAAGUUGUUGGACCUCAGUUGAAUACUAAUGUAAUUUGGAAUGGACCAUUUAAACAUGGAAUUUUUCACUCUUUUUUUUCCCUCCUCUUAUAUUUUCUCUUGUGUCGGACAAGAUCAUACACCAUGUAAAGUAAAUAUUCCAUAAAAAUCAAGAUGUGGACCAGUUCAGAGACAAUUCUGCGAUUUCAGAACAAUGGAUUACAUUUCCUUUUUGGAGCGAAAGUGGACUUGAAAGGUUCGCUUAUUACUUGAAUCAUAUGUUCCAGAGGCACUAAUAUUCAGUCCCCUAUCCUUUGGUGCCAAUAUUUCUUUCUUCUACUAUGGGCAGACUUUUUGAUCAGUGUGAAGUGUAUGAUUUUUGGGUAUGGUUUUGGGGGCACUCAGCUCCAUUUUGAAACAGACUUGUGCAAGAGCAAGAGGCAGGUAUGACGCUAAGAAUUACAGGUAUUAAUAAUGGAUGGAAAAGUUGAAGUGGUCUACGGGAGCAGUGAAAAAGAAGAUAGCAAAAAGAUUUAUUGUUUGUUUUUAAAAGCCUUGGCGGCCAAUAUUGAGUCAAAGUGUCAGUAUUAUCUCAAAUAAAAGUAUCUCUAUGGGAA